GUCGUACAUAUCAACCAAAAUACUAGCAUUUGGUAUGCAAUAAUGUAAAAGUAAUUUUUGUUUUUUCUCUCCUUUGAGUUAAACAAAUGAUUACAUAUUGUAUGUGCGGUUUUGGAGGAAAAACUGGGACAUCUGCAUUUCGCUGCAAAAAAUGUCGUAGACUUGUUGCAGUACAGGAUAAUGUUGUGGACCACAUUCCAGGUCAGGGUGAGACAUCUUUUGAAUGGCGCAAGCGGAAAGGUAGCAACUAUAACAACUUUGAGGAUUUUGAAUGUUCAUCCAUAUUUGUUGAGCCUUUAAAAUGGAUGACAGCAGUGGAAGAAGGUGCAAUGGAGGGCAAGUUGUCCUGCGCAUCCAAUGCAGUUGCGGGAGCUGGAUCACCCCUGCCUUCCAGCUCCAUAGAAGCCGAGUGGACAUGAGCAGCGUAUAAUAUCUGUGAAGAUAAAGCCUUUGGGAGUUGAGCCCACUUCAAAAGAUUAGUUCAAAUACCUCCAAAUGGUAGUUUAAGUGUCAGUUACUAUUUAACAAGAUAUAUAGUUUUCAAGAUAACAGCAAGCAUAGAAGAACAGGAGGUUUUAUGGUGUUUUUGGCACUGUUUGUAACCACAAGACCAAAUUUGAGUAGCUGCAGCUCAAGAAAAUGCUGCGCUUUUCCCCGAUUUGUGUUUCAUGAAAUUUGAGUUAUCAUUGCAACAGAAACUGGUUUAAUUACAUGACUGAUUCAAU